AUGGUUCUUCAGCAUCUUCCUCUCAUCGGGCUCGCCUUGAGCCUUGUCCACCACCACAAUCACGCAAGAUCAUCUCAUCAUCAUCCAUCUCUCCCAGACCACAAACCCGCUGCCCAAAUUUCUGCCGACACAUCACCCCUUCAACAAGCUCCGAAGCUAAUUGCCGCUCGAGCAUCAGAUGAGACUCAAAAUACCACAAUCCAAGUUUCCCAGCACCACCUGCAGACCAUCCUCGAUAAGAUCAAGACUCUUGAAGAAGAAAUUUUCAACAUGAUGCGAUCCAAAGCUGACUCUUCUCUAGAUUUAGAUUCUACGCCCGCGAAAAAUGCCUUCACGGAUUCUGGUACUAUGGCGCCUCCAAAGCCUGAAAAGCUGGUCGUAACAACGCGCGAACAAGAGACUACCCCGGCAACAGCCAUCUUUGGAGGUUUAUUCAAAGAGGCUUCCGUCGACCUGGACACCUCAGCUAUAUCAGAUAGCAUGUCCACAACGAUAAUCACAUCAACUACCCGGAUCACGCGAACAGUCACCGUAGUGCCCACGGGAAUCGUCACGGUGACCACGUUCCCAUCCCACCUUGCAAUGGAGAGCAAUUUCAAGGCCAUUAUUCCCUUCGUCACAUCAACAGCAGACACAAAUCCGCCGAGAACAACUCUGAGCGGUGAUGCCCUGAGCGGUGAUCAUAUCCGACCUUUCAAUCUGUCAUCAACAUCAACAUCAACAUCAACAGGCGUUGAUGCAGAACAGGGACGGCCUACAAUCACGGCCAUGGCCUUUAAUGCUUCAGCGAGCAUUCAUCGGCUAUCGCUGUCGGCUGCUUCGAGUGGGUUCAGAACCCUCCGAAGAGCGGCUUGA